CCAUUCAUCCACCCCCGAAAUCUCGAAUCGAACUGGUGUUCAUCUCUCUCUCUCUCUCUCUCUCUCUCUGCAUUAGCAUUUUAGCAAUCUCUCGUCAUCCUUGUUUUUCUUUUUCUUUCCCUUUCUCUCGCUUUACAUUUCCCAUCAUCUUCUCCAUCCUUUUCACCUUAGCAUAUCAGCCCCGGGUGAUUCUCCGGCCAAGCUAUAACACGGGUGAUUUACAUCAACCAAGAGUCUGUCUGGAAAACCCGGUACUACUUCUCCAACAAAGAAUCACAAUCUCUACACCCUCGGCAAAGUCUUCCCGAUUGACCUCCAACCCAACAACACCACUGUCACCACCACCACCAUCGUCACCACAAUGUCAAAAACCAUGAACGCCGUCCGUUUCUACGGACAGCGUGACAUCAGGCUCGACCAGAUCCCCAUCCCGACCGUCAAACCGGGCCAGGUCAAGAUCGCCCCCAAGUUCUGCGGCAUCUGCGGGUCCGACCUGCACGAGUACCUGGGGGGCGCGAACCUGAUCCCGAAGCCCGAGCACCCGCACCCGAUCACGGGCGAGACCCUCCCGCUCACGCUCGGCCACGAGUUCUCGGGCAUCGUCGAGGAGGUGGGGGAGGGGGUGACGCACGUCCGGCCGGGCGACCGGGUGUGCGUGCAGCCGACCAUCUACGACGGCGACUGCCGGGCCUGCCGCCGCGGCUUGGUCAACUGCUGCGACAAGAACGGCUUCGUCGGCCUGAGCGGCUGGGGGGGUGGGCUGUGCGAGCACAUGGCCGUGCCCGCGAGCUGCGUCAAGCCCCUGCCCGACGGCAUCUCGCUCGAGGUCGGCGCCCUGAUCGAACCCUUGGCCGUCGGCUGGCACGCGGUCUCGAUCUCCCCCUUCAAGCCGGGCGACUCCGCCUUGGUCCUGGGGGGCGGACCCAUCGGCCUGGCCGUCGUCCAGGCCCUCAAGGGCAAAGGGUGCGACAACAUCAUCGUCAGCGAGGUGAGCGGCCGGAGGAGGGAAUUCGCCCGGGAAUUCGGUGCCCACCACGUCAUCGACCCGACGGCCGCCGACGUCGUGGACGAGGUCGACCGUCUGACCGGCGGCGAGGGGGCGGACGUGGGCUUCGACGCCGCCGGGGUCCAGGUCGCCGUCGACAGCGCCUUCAAGGCCAUCAAGGCGAGGGGGACCCUGGUCAACAUCGCCGUGUGGGAGAAGAGAGCGACGUUGCAGAUGAACGACGUCGUCUUCAGGGAGAGGGGUUACAUGGGAGUUGCGACGUACGCCCUGGGGGAUUUCGAAGCCGUCAUCGAAGCCAUCUCCUCGGGUAGGAUGAAGCCAGAAGGCAUGAUCACCAAGACGAUAAAGUUGGACGAGGUGGCGGACGAAGGAUUCAAGACCUUGAUCGAGGAUAAGGAGAAUCAUGUCAAGAUAUUGGUCGACGUCGGGGCUGGAAUAUGAAACCUGGAUCCUAAAGUGAAGGAGCAAUCCAAAAGUGGAAAAUCAAGCCCAGAACGUACCAUUCUAUCUCCCCUUGGAGGAAAAGGUAAUCUACCAGAUCAUUCGGAUGGUCAGGCGACAAUGACAAUCAGGCGAGCGUCGAAAGCGAAUGGACAUGUUUUGUUGUCAAAAACCAACACGUUACGAUAAAUAACGACAACAUGACAAAAAAACAAACAAAUGUG